AUGGAGUAUCGCUACUCAGAGAUCAUCGACCCAAGUGUCUACGAGACACACGGGUUAGCCAACGGCAUCGCUCUUCGUGGGCACAAAGAGCCUAUGAAGGAGAUCCGUGGAGCACGUCGAGCCCAAGUCGAUUGGUCGACUCACGUAAAACCUCUCGCCGACUACAAAGGCGGGCUGGGCCAGAGGUUCAGCUUCAUGCAGGUAACCGUUCCAGAAUGUCUGCCAGAGAGGCUUGAGAUCAUCUCGUAUGCAAACGAAUAUGCGUUCAUCUAUGAUGACGAGAUGGAAACUCUAGAUCUUGAGAAUGUCUCGGUCAAGUCGCCGGAGAUGCUCGAGGCAUUCGGAAAGGGCGUUUUAGACAGCAAGACGGACAGCAAAUCACGUCCCGAAAAGCGACUGCAGGCACAGAUAUUGAAAGAGAUGAUUGCGAUUGACCCUCAACGGGCCAUCACAUCUAUGAAAGCCUGGGCCAAGUUUGUCCAGUUGGCGUCUCAGACAAGAGAAUCGCCAUUCCGGACCUUGGCAGAGUACGUCCCCGCAAGGGUGAUUGACGCUGGCGAGCUGAUCUGGUUCGGUACGUUGACGUUUGGCAUGGCCCUCACUAUUCCGGACGAAGAAUACGACCUCUGCAUGGAACUGGCCCGCCCCGGAUACGCUGUCUUGGGACUCACCAAUGAUCUAUACUCGUGGGAGAAAGAGAGGCAAGCGGCCGAGAAAGCAGGCCAGGACUAUGUCUUCAACGCCAUCUGGGUCAUUAUGAACGAGCAGCAGGUGAGCGAGGACGAGGCCAAGGCCAUCUGCGCAGAAGAGAUCCAGCGAUAUGCCACCGUCUUCCGUCGCAACGUCGACGAGACAAAGAGGAACAUGGCGCUGUCCAGGGAUCUUCGGGCGUACAUCGAGGCUGUCAUGUACAGUUGCAGUGGCAAUCUCGUUUGGAGCAUUUACUGCCCGCGAUACCACGAAUUCUAG